AUGUCUUCCUCGAUCGUGCAUCAUUCCCCGACAUCUUUUCUGCAGCCCACUCCGCUGCUGGGACUUUCUUCCAGUCUCCUGUCAGAUGAUGCUGACUCUUUACUAAACUCCUCAGCCUCCGUGAUGCAGUGCCCAUGUUGCGCCUCGCCCGAUAUUCUAGAUCUAGCCACGCUGGCCGAGACUAUUACAGACCGGGAACUUAACAUGUCUACCUUGCUGGAAGACCAGUUCCUGAAUACACUGAUAAUUCUGUCAGGGGCUGAAUCCGCCGCCGAAGCGGUAGUAAUCGUACUCCAAGACUGGCUGGCCACAGGGAACUUGUCGUUGAUCAACUUGCUUUGCCACAGGACUUUCGCCGCCUUCCGAAACCAGUCAGCUAUUCAAAAUUUCAGUGUAUAUUACUAUGGAGACUUCGGCGCUGGGGACACCGUGACUGCUGUUUAUCGAAAGGUAGUGCGGGGACGAUUAACAUGGCUGGAGAUAACGGUGACCCGUGAUAGUAUGCUCCUGGCCAUCGCACCCGCUCUGUAG